UAGUAUUGAAAUCGUCGUUAACGGCGACGGUUUGGUUCGGCGCUUGAAAAACGGUUGAAAACGGUUCGGUCACUACCUCUCUCUCUCACUUGCCGCUCUCUUCUCUGUUGCAGGGAUUCCAAAUACCGAAGCCUGAAUUUCCAACGCCACAUCCAUGUUAAUGCCACGUUAUCUGGGCCUGAACGAUAGCUCCUCGUCGUCUGGCAGUCACGGACCUUCAGGAGCUCCCGGCAGCUCCUCCUCCCCGCCGACGACGGUGGCCGCUCACACGAAAAUUCGGCUGCUGAGCAAAGUGGAGCACAAUAUGCGUCAGAGCCAAGGUCACAUCCAGAGCAAUACGAGUUCCCAUGGCAUCAGCCACCUCCUGCACACGGCCUCAACGGGCAACGGAGUGGUGGACGAUGUCGACGGACUGCUGACGCCCAUGCGCAUUAAAGCUCACAUGUCGCCACCCUACUCCGCCGGCAGUUCUGUGAAGAGCGAAUCCCUUAGCUCGAGCUCUCGGCCGGAACGCAACCUGUGGAGCCGGGCCGAAAUGCUAGAGAUGUUGAGCAUCAUGCAGAACCUUAAUGCCCUGGAGCAGCUAAACGACCGGAACAUGAAAAGCGAAUACGUCUUCCGACAGAUCGAGCAAGUAAUGCGUAGCAAGGGCUACGUGAAGAAGUCCAGCAUCCAGAUCUGGACCAAGUGGAAGUUCCUUAAGUCCACGUACAACACCACAACACGUCAUGGCACUGGAGUGCCCAAGGUUGUGCCGGAGGAGGUGUACCGUGUUCUCUGCCGAAUGUUAAGUGACUCAAAUCACAGCGGAAGCAACAAUAAUGUCAAUGGCAGCCUCAGUGAAUGUGGGAACUCGAUGGACAGCUCCAAGACAGCCGGCGAAGACAACAAGGAGGACAUUCUGGGCGUGGAGCAUCCAAUUUUUGGAUUUCGACUGGGACCCAUUAAACCAGAACCGAUUGAUACUGGCUAUGAGACAACUCAAAAGCAGGACAUGGUGUCUGAACCGGAUAUAGAAGCUUUUGACUACGAGGCUGGUAGCUCACAAGCCGACAACGGCGACCAGGAGGAUGUGCCUCAUUUGCCGUUUAUAGUGUCCGUGAAACACGAACCCGACGUGGACCUGGGUAUGGACACCACUAACACACCGCCACCCACGGCACCAGCUUCUCCAUCUCCACCUCCAGUGGCGCUGGAUGAGACGGAUGACGAAAGCGUCUACUCAUCCACACCGGCUGCACCUCCUCCACUAAGAGUAGCCUCUUUCGCCAAGGACGAACUGCGGCGGCCUACUCACGGCAUCCUACAAAUAGAUCGGCCGCCGCCAACGCUCACAAAGAUGGGACAGCAGCUAGCCAGUCCGGGGCAGAUGAGCAGAUCCCUGCCAUUGCAAAGCACUAGCAGCAUUAACUUUGUACAUCCGCACAGCAAGCUGAUGCUACCCCGCAAGCAGAAUCCGAAUGGCAGCCAAUCUGGGCUGCGUCUACCCAGAGACAUCAGUGUACAGCCAACCGGUAUGCGGAUGAAGACAGUGCCCAUGCGGGAUACAGGCUACUCGCUUCGCCCGGAGCGGAUGAUUCCCGACAUUGAUAAGUCAGCGUCCAGUCCACCACAGUCGCCUUCAACGAUGGCUGCUCUUUUGGGCCGCGGACCACCGCCUAAGUAUCCGAUUUCUGGGCAGCAAGCAGGUGCCUCUACAAACAGACACGCUCACAUGAUGUCUUCCCACCAGUUGACUCCACUGCAGCACCAGCAACUGCAGCCGCGGAAGCGCCGACUGGGACAAAGCCCAGUCAUGGGAAUGCCUGUACCGGUAAAGUUGCAACGCAGCGCCAAUAUGUACGAAUCGCCUUCAAAAAACAUCCGAUCUCAUCCUGGAAUAAGCGAGGACAUCAAAAAGAAAACCAGCGAAGAGGAUACAAAGCAGCGCCAAAAGCGGCAUGAGGAGCUGUUUGCCAAAGAGCUCAGCCAAUUGGCUACAGCUAUGCGCUCGGCACAAAAGGAGAUGCUGCAGGACUUCUUCAUUCAGCAGAAGGAGAUCGCACGACGGGAGCAUGAGUUCCAGUUGAAGCAAGACACGAUGGUAAUGCGGGCACUGCGCAAACAAACGGAGACGUUGUUAAGGACCGCUAACGAGCUGGUAAAUAAUGGAGCUUCCGAAGCAGCUAAAACGGAACAAGGCAAUAGGGACGGUGUCAUUCUCGAAACUCAGAUGCCGUUUGAGCCAGAAACAGAGCUUCAAACUCAAGAAAGCGAAGAGGAAAUUGUAGAUGGAGAUGGGGAAGCUGAUGAUGAUGUGGAGGAAACUAUGGCAGACCUAGAAGAGGAGGACAAUGAUGAAGAUGAUGAUGACGAAAAUGAUGAGGUGGAGGAUGACGACGGGGAUGAUGAAGAACAUCUGGGCAAUGACAGCGACCUGGAAAUGUCCACUUUAGCCAUGUCCGAGGGCUCCAACCACAUUGAAGUCAUCACCGAAGAGCAGUAGUUGGUUUAUUCCAAACGUCCUACCACAUCUUCAAGUAUUACCCCAAAAAGACAAAAACCAUUGUUAAUAC